AUGUCAGAAUCAGUCCAGCCUUCUGGCUGGAAAUUCCAAUUUGUACGGAUAUACACAUACAUAUGUCCUGCAAUUUUGUAUGCUUUUGUUUCUUUCCAAAAACAAUGUCCAUCAGUCGUUGUUAAUGAUAUGGCAAAGGCUUAUAAUGUAUCUAUCGAUAGUUUCGGAUCAUUUUCAUCUAUAUAUUUCUACCCUUAUGCUUGCAUGCAGCCAUUCGCCGGACUUAUUGCAGAUAUUAUUGACCCAGCUUACGUUGUUGGCGUUUCGGGACUUAUUGCUGCAUGUGGCUCGAUUAUAUGCGGCCUAUCAAACUCAAUGGGAAUUGGAAUUCUUGGAAGAUUACUAGUUGGACUUGGUUGCGGACCAACAUACGUUUCUACUGUUAGAAUCAUUACGAAAUGGUUCAAAUCAGAUUACUAUCCUGCAAUGUUUGGCAUCCUUGUUGCCAUGUCAGGUGCAGGAGGAAUGCUUGCAUCAGGUGCUCUUGGAAUUUUCCUUGAGCACUUCAAAUGGAGAUAUGCCUUCUACGGAGUUGGAGGAAUUGGUGGAUUUCUCGCUCUUAUUGUUCUUAUUUUCGUUCGUGGUGAUCCAAGAAAGAAAGGAUUUGCUCCAGUUAACGACGAAGGUGCCCCUGUUGAUACUAUUAUCUCGUGUGGAGACAAAUUAUCAAUGUUAUGGCAAAAUAUCGUCACAAUUUUCAAGAAUUGGAUGUUUUGGCCCAUCACUUUAUACAAUAUUACUUCAUCAUGUCCUUACAUCGAUAUCGUUGGCCUGUGGGGAGGUCCUUACUUGAUAUAUAUUCGUAAUUUUUCAAAGAAAGAGAAAGGAAACACCUUACUUGCCAUUUCAAUCGGAAUGGUUGUUGGAUCUUUAACUGUUCCUUAUCUAUCGAAACUUUUGAAGACGAAGAAAUGGAUAUGUACUGGAAGUUCGUUAAUUGUUCUUGUUGAUUUACUGUUGUUUUUCUUUUUGGGAAACAAAUUUUCCAAAAUUGUGAUUUGGAUUUUGUUUUUAAUCAUCGGAUACUUCACAGCACCACUUUGUAGUGUAUCGUAUCCACUUCGAUGA